AGCGAUUCCCAUUGCUCAUCCAGGCUUGAUUUGAGAGCUCUACAUUUGGGAUCAAAUGGAGAGUCAUAACCACAGGCAAAGAAGAUGUCUUUUGCAUACUUUAGUUUGGUAUACUUUGAUUGGUGUAGUCUAUGUAGUAUGGCGCCAGUGUCCCUCCUUUCUUGAUCUUUCCCGAGAGGAUAUAUGUACCCUUUAUUUAUUGUUAUCUUUACCUGUUUUUCUUUUCCUUCUUUUCUUUUCUUUUCUACAUUACCCUUCAAUAGGUGGCAUGUUUCACUAUCCCAGAGAACAAGAUCUGUUGGAUGUAUAUAAUCCAGCUGCCAGCAAACAACUUUGAUAACGAACGCUUUAGGAAUUCGGAAUGGGGACCUGAAGCGGCUGCUUCCUUGUGUGAGAAGAUCCGUCAUAUCAAAGCCCCCUUUGGCUUAACAAUGGGUGAUUUGAUCGAUAAAACUUCAAAGGACACGAUCUCCAAAGUCAUGUUGGAGGAAAAGCUUUUUGAAACUUGGUAUCAUGGACGCACUGUGCUUAUUGGAGAUGCUUGCCACAAGAUGCUUCCAAGCGCUGGUCAAGGCGCAAUCAAUGCUAUGCAAGACGCUACUGUCCUCGCCAACUGUAUCAACGACAUAAAGUCCCUCACUCGCUCCAAUAUCACAGCUGCCCUCAAGGAUUAUCAAGAUCAACGCUUUCAAUAUGCAAAGACUCAAUUCGAAACCAGCAAGCGUUUCGCUGUUAUCAUGGGUGGACAGACAUGGCCAGACGCUGUCGUAAAAUUGUGCUGAGUUACAUGCCAAAGUACUUGAACCAAAGACGUCAAGACAAAACUUGCGCUUACAGACCUCAAGCCAACUUUCUGAAACAGGUCCCUGUAAGGGGUACUAUCCCAGUCCUUCCACAGGUGCCUUCAAAACGAUAUUCUUUCAGCGCUAGUUCCAUGUGAACAAAAAACAAAGCUCACAGCUGGUUUAUUAUUAUUAUUAUUGUUAUUAUUAUAUAUUUUUUCAAACAAAUGAUCGAUAUAUAUAUAUAUUUCUUUUAUUAUGUACACAAUGAUUUCUUCGUCGUUAAUUGCGAUGGAUGGUUAAGUGUUCCAUUUAUACUACGGGGAAAGAAGAGGCACAGUUUGCAUGCUGGUGUGAGUAAAAUGCAAGAUAAAGGAUAAAGGAUAAAGGAAAAAAAAUAAAAAACUCAAACUGUGGUAGUAGCGUAGUUUUCUUUUCUUUUCUUUUUUUUUUUUUUUCUUUUUUUUUUUUUU